CUCUGUAAAGGUGCGGUACCUGCCUAUACCUCAGUGUGUAAGCGACCCUCCUUGUGGUCGUUAAGUGUCACCGUGCCAUAGUGGACCUUCGGGACUUUAGCUCUUCUUUGCUCGCUCUCUGUUGAACGACACCAUACACUGACUGCGCCGCCGCAGCCCACCCGUCAUGACUAUACUAAGAUUACUUCUUCCGCUCCUGGUGUGCGUGGCGGCCGCUAGGGGAGACGCCGAAGCCUUCCACAAUGGAUUUAUUCCCACCAGACAUUCAGGGUUCCUGAGAGGCAGCGGAGGCCGCAGCAUCUCUUCUGGCCCCCCGCCCCCCCGCUCGGACAACAGCCACUGCGCCCUCCUCAUCCCAGGCCCAGGGAAGACUUCAGCCAAGGCACACGCCCUCAGCGUCUUCAAUGGCAUCCCGUCCCCCCACGCAGCCGACGGCUUCACGUGCAUCACCUUCCAGUCGGUGGACGCUGCCUUCAUCGCCGCCAGGGACCGCCACGGCCUCCCACGCCCUGGACACCAGACCGACCCCAAAGACCUGUCCAACCUGGCCACGGUGCUGCUCGAGGCCACGCGGAUCAUAGCGCAGGAAUACAACCUCCCGAAGGAUGUCCUCGUCAACGGCAUCCCGCUCAUUGACAGCUUCAAGACCAUCGUGGGAUCCAUUUGCCCGGACUUCAUCAAGCCUGUAACCUGUAAUCCCAAACGUUACCGCGAGUAUGACGGCCGCUGCAACAACUUGGAGAACCCAACUUGGGGAUCCAGCUUCUCGUCCUUCAAGCGCCGCCUUCCUCCCGACUACGCUGACGGCAUCGACGCCCCACGGGUCGGGGCUGGGGGGUACCCACUCCCCUCGCCGAGAAUCGUGUCCGCCCACCUGCACCGCGACGAGGGCCUCCACGACCACGCCGUCACCAUCAUGCUCGUGGCUUGGGGACAGGCGAUCGACCACGACCUCACCCUCACCGUGGAGACGAAGGACCCACUCACCAAAAAGGAGCCGAAGUGCUGCGAAGGCGAGACCCACCCUGCCUGCUUCCCCAUCCACGUGCCGGACAAGGACCCCUUCUACUCCCUCUUCAGACAGAACUGCAUCUCCCUCGUGAGGUCCUUGCCUGGUGUCCGUUACGGGUGCAAGUUCGGUCCGAGGUCCCAGAUCAACCAGAUCACAUCCUACAUCGACGCCAACUGGGUCUACGGCAGCAACGAGAAGACAGCCAACCGCAUCCGUCUACAUCGCGGCGGAUUGAUGAAGUCCCUGCCGGUGUUCCGAGAGUACGGCAUGAAGGACCUGCUGCCCCUGAAGCUGGAGGAGCCCGAAGAAGGCUGCAUCCGACCCAACAGCGACGUCUACUGCUUCGACGCCGGAGACAACAGGGUCAACGAACAGCUGGUCCUGGCGGUCGUGCACACCAUGAUGAUGCGAGAACACAACCGCAUCGCCGUCGAGCUCUACCGCUACAACCCGCACUGGGACGACGAGACGCUCUACCAGGAGACCCGGAAGAUCGUGGCGGCCAGCAUCCAGCACAUCACCUACAACGAAUUCCUGCCGAUGGUCCUGGGUAAAGAGGUCAUGCACAAGUACGGACUCAUCCUCGAGAAACACGGCUACUUCGACGGCUACGAUCCCUCCAUCGACGCCUCCAUGUCCUCGAACUUCGUCACCGCCGCCUUCAGGUUCGGCCACUCCCUCCUGCCGUCCACCAUCGAGCGCUGGAGUCCCGCCCACAAAUACGUCGCAUCUCAGCGUCUGAGCUUCAUGUUGAGACAGCCCUACGACCUGUACAAGGGCGGAUGGUGCGACCAGUACAUCAUGGGACUCUGCAACCAGGUCGCUCAAGCCAUGGACGACGCGGUCACGCAGGAGGUGACCAACCACCUGUUCCAAGAACCGGACAAGAAAUGGGGCAUGGACUUGGCCGCCAUCAACAUGCAGCGCGCCCGAGAACACGGCGUGCCCUCCUACAACGCCUUCAGGGUCUUCUGCGGGAUGCCCAAGAUCAACCGCUUCGACGAGCUCCUCGGCUGGAUGACCAACAAGACGGUGAAGCGCUACUCGGACGUCUACAGACACCCCGACGACAUCGACCUGUGGAGCGGCGGCGUGAGCGAGCGCCCUCUGCCCGGCUCCAUGGUCGGCCCCACCUUCAGCUGCCUCAUCGGCCUCACGUUCAAGGAGCUGCGCUACGGAGACCGCUUCUGGUACGAGAACCGCGGCGGGUACGACUCCGACUUCACGCUCGAGCAACUUGAAGAGAUCCGCAAAGUGAAGCUGUCCAGGAUCAUCUGCGACAACAGCGACGACAUCAAGACCAUGCAGGUGUACGCGAUGGUGCUGCCCGACCACGAAAUAAACCCGCGCGUCCCGUGCAACUCCGGGAUCUUGCCCAGGAUGGACCUCAGCAAAUGGCGGGACCCCCACGGCCCGCACCCACGCGUACGUCCUGGCUUCUAAGUAGCAACUCUCCCCCUAACUCCCUACCCCUCCCCCCACUCUCAGCCUCCACCAACGCUGUACUUCCCCCCAUGCCCCUAGCCCCAAACCCCCUCCUUCGAACUCCCAGCUUCUCAGAAGUCGUCGCUUAACCAGUGCUUCCUCCGCCUUGCCGCCCUCCUCGUCCCAACCCGUCCACAUUACCGCAGCACCUCCUCCUUCAGCGCCCCCUUCUGCGGCAUGGAUCCUCUCUGUGCUAUGCUGUGCUAUGCCGUCGACCACUCCCUCAUGUGCUAACUCCUCCUCGGUAGAUGGAUGGGGAUGAUGAUGAUGCCCCUCCCGCAUCUCUCUCUCUCUCUCUCUCUCUCUGAAAGCUUUCUUCUCCCAACACCGUCUUGCUCUUCUCUUCCUAAUUUUCCCUCUAUUCUCCAUCUCCCUGAUAUCUCCCCUUUCACCCUUCCUUUCCAACCACGCUCGAGACCCUCCCUAUGAAUAGAGAAAGAAAGAGAGAGUAGUGAAAAAGGCAUCUUUUACCAGCCUCUCCACUCCAUCCACCAAACCUGAAAUUCCCAACCCAUGGCUUCAUAGCAGCAUGGAGAAGAGAGAGGGGUCUUCUACGCUAACAUCAGU